CACAAAUCUUAUCUGGGGAUGAACCUUGAGCCAGACAAUCGACUGUUCUUACAUCCAAACCUCAUUAUGACGUCGACGAUCCCGCCGCUCCGGUGGGAGAAGACGAGGAGAGAAUUACGCGUAGAAUAUUUGGAAUAGAAGGGUAGAGUGUAGGUACAAGAAGAGUCUGAGAGGCGUUUGAGACUUGUACUCUUUGCCAAGUUGCUCUCUAUCUCAUAUCAUUUUCCUUCUCCCCCUUUCAUCACCAAAUAACCAAAACGCCCAACAUGUCCAACUCCAAGAUCCCAAAGGUGGGAAACCGCACCACCCUCGCCCCAUCUAUCUCUUCUUUUCUCAAACAUAAUCCCUCCCUUCACCUCGGAGGCGCAAACGCGUUCACAGAUGAGCGACGCCACCAUACCGAAGUUUUCGGCAUUCAUUCUCUGCCAAAGGAGAAAGUCCACCCAAUCCAUGAAGUAGAGUUUACCGCCAUUCGUGGGCCGCAUGGUACCAUUCCCGUACGGGUGUUGUAUCCGAAGUCUGGAGAGGAGAAGAGGAAGAAAGGAGAGGCCGCUGCGCUUGUGUAUUUCCAUGGAGGCGGAUAUACGGUAGGAAGCGUGGACGAGUUCGAAAAUGGAUUGAGACAGUUGGCAGAAGAAAGCGCAGUCCAAAUCUACGCUGUUGACUACCGUCUUGCCCCCGAGUUCGCCCACCCAGUCCAGCUCGACGAAUACGACGCCAUAAUCUCCUGGCUUGACUCCUCAGGCGGAAAGUCCCGAGGCAUCUCCCCCUCCCUCAUCUGCGGUGGGGGAGACUCAGCCGGCGGCAACAUGACCGCAGCUCUCUGUCUCCGCCGUCAAGACCACAAGCUCCCCCCCUUGGCGGCCCAGAUUCUCCUCUACCCCGAAGCCCGCCUGCCUUUCGACACGCCCGCUGCAUCAGAGAACAACUCAGGCCUGUACCUCGAAUGUAACGGGAUCUUCUCCUUCGCGGACCACUAUCUCCCGCGCGGGAUUCCACCGGCACAUCGGUAUAUCUCGCCCGGGAUGCAGGAGAUCAAGGAUUUGAAGGGGCAGCCGAAGUCAGUAGUGUGUACCGCGGGGUUUGAUCCGUUAAGGGACGUGGGGGUGGAGUAUGCGAGGAAGUUGGAGGAGGCCGGUAAUGUGGUUAUUUGGAGGCAUUUCGACCGGUUGACGCAUGGGUGGUUGCAGAUGGGGGCUUGGAGUGACGAGGCAGAGAAUGCUAUCAAGGAAUUGGCGGGUGAGGUUAAGAAGGUGGUUUAUGGUUAAAGCGAUAUCUGGCAUAAUCCCCGGUUAAAAGUGCAUAUAAGAUUCUUGCCAUUGUAUAAAAACUUUGAAACAAUUCGCCAAAAGAUGACAGAAUGCCCUCUAUCUACGUGUCAUGGUUGACCCAUUCACGAGGUAGUAAAGCAAGGAGCAACGUCUUAUAGGUUCAUAGAUCUUACAAAGCAUUGAGGGUAAUCUCUGUAAGAU